AUGGCGGACGAGGCCGUGCGCGCGGUGCUGGAGCGGCUCCUCCUGGGCCUGCGGCCCCCCGAGAGCCGGGACCCCCGACACCCCCCUUGUCCCCCCAGUGGCGGCCGGCAGGGAGCUGAGCCGCGGCGUCGAGGCCGAAGACCUGCGGGGAGCCGCCCGGGGGUUGCUGGAGCUACCGGGGGUCCCCAGCACCCCAGCCCUGUGCUGCGGCCGGAUCCUGCGCCGAGCCCGGCUGCGUUUGGCCUUCCAGGUGGAAUUUCACUUCUGCGUCAGCGUGAACGGCACCGUGGCCUCGCACACCUACGGGCGGGAGAACGCCUGGGCCGUGGCGGGAGCGCGGCUGCGGGUCCAGAGCCGGCACUUUGCACUGAUCCCUCCUGGCUGGCCGACUGGGAGCGAUUCGGCUUCACCGCGGCCCCCCGUGAGCAGCCGGAGGGCGAGGAAGAGCUGGUGACCCCCGAUGCCGCCUACGCCGUGCGGCACGGAACCGGCGUCCCGGGGGGGGACCGUCACCCCCAGACCCUCCUGCUCUUCCUCUUCCUCCGCCACGAGGAUCCCUUCCAGGUUUACGACGCCGCCGCUCGCCGGCUACUGCUGGCCCACCUGGACCAGACGCUGCUGAGCAGCCGCCCGGCGCUGGCCACCGGCCUCCGGACCCUCGUCCACCCCGUCCUGGAGGAGCUGUGCCGUCGGCACGAGGGUCAGGAGCGGCUGGCACGGUCCUUGCCCGUCGUGCUGGACGCGGUGACGGCCGUGGUGACCGGCAGCACCAGCGCCCGUUUUCGGCGGGCCUGCCUGCGCACCAUGCAGGUCGAGGACACCCCGGCACUGGCGGCGGCCGUCAGGCGGAGCUUGGCCGAAGUCACCCACCGGCGUCUGCUGCCCUGCGCCUCCUGCGAGACCCCCGGGGACACCCGGCGGGGGUCCCCAGAGGGUCCCCAUGUGCGGAGGGGACGACGGGUGGAGGAAGAGAAGGAGGAGGAGUGUCCCCAGAGCAGCGAGGGCCAGGCGUGGCAGCGGGAGGUGGCCAGCCUGGCCGAGUGGACGGGCUGAGGGACGGGGACGGAGCCCCCCACCAUAUCCCUGUGCUGACCCAGUUCACCCAGUUCACUUGGUCCCAGCUGGUCCUGGCAGCCCCCCAGGACUGGUACCCCCAACCCAGUUCUGCCAGUCAUUCCCAGUUCUGCCAGUCUUUCCCAGAUCCCCCAGUCGUUCCCAGUUCUCCCAGUCAGUGCCAGUUCCCCCAGUCAACGCCAGUUCUGCCAAUCAUUCCUAGUUCUCCCAAUCGGUCCCAGUUCCCCCAGUCAUUCCCAGUUCCCCCAGUCGUUCCCGGUUCCCCCAGUCGUUCCCGGUUCUCCCACCAGUCCCAGUUCUCCCACCGGUCCCAGUUCCCCCAGUCAUUCCCAGUUCUCCCAGUCAGUGCCAGUUUCCCCAGUCAAUGCCAGUUCUCCCAGUUGUUCCCAGUUCUCCCAGUUGUUCCCAGUUCUCCCAAUCGGUCCCAGUUCUCCCAGUCGUUCCCAGUUCUCCCAGUCAGUGCCAGUUCCCCCAAUCACUCCCAGUUCUGCCAGCCAAUCCCAGUUCCCCCAUCCCCGCUCCACCCCAG